UUUGACAAAAAAUCAAAGAAAACAGAUUUGUUUUGUUGAGCAUAAGUUGUGGUUGUGUAUGGAUGACCAAUUCAGUAGCACGGAGCUUCCCACUACGACAUCCAUGGCAGAUCAGAUUUCCCCAUAUCUCAACAGCACUGUAGCUGGACUACUCUUCCUCUUGCUUCUCUUCUCAUAUUUUGUUCUCAAGAAGGCUACAUCCCGUAAGCGCCGAUCACAACCUCCUGAAGUAGCCGGCGGAUGGCCCAUAAUCGGCCAUCUACGACUCCUCAGUACUGAUUCGCAGCUCCUCCAUGAAACGUUGGGAGGACUGGCCGACAAAUAUGGCCCAAUAUUUGGCAUCCGAAUCGGUGUCCGUCCAGCCCUCGUUAUUAGCAGUUGGGAAGUAGCUACCGAGUGCUACACCACCCUCGAUUCAAUCGUGUCUUCGCGACCCAAAAUUAUAUUACAAAAGAAACUGGGAUACAACUUUGCCGGUUUUGGGUUCAGGCACCACUGCGAUUCCUUUUACCGGAACAUGCGUAAGAUCGUAGCCUCCGAGGCGCUUUCCAACCGCCGUCUGGAGUUACAGAGAGAUAUUAGAGUUUCUGAGGUGAAAAGAUCGGUGAAGGAGGUUUACAGUUUAUGGGCGAAAACAGGGGAAGCCUCAUCGGACUCCUAUUUAGUUCUUGAUUUGGACGAGUGGAUUGGGAAUAUUGCUUUGAAUGUGAUUCUGAUGAUGGUUUGUGGAAAGCGGUUCGUCGGCGGUUCUUGCGGCGACGAGAGGGAGAUGGAACGAUGUCGUAAAGCGAUGAGGGGUUUUUUUGACUUGGGGGGGAAGUUUAUAGUGGGAGAUGCGAUUCCUUUUUUGAAAUGGCUGGAUUUGGGUGGAUAUCAAAAGGCGACGAACAAAGUAUGGAAGGAAUUGGACUGUCUUAUGGAGGAAUGGCUGGAAGAACAUCGCCGGAAGAAGAGGGACUGCAGCGACGCCGACGGGGAGCACGACCUCAUGGCUGUGAUGCCGUCUCUUCUUGAAGGCUUGGACCUUGCUGGAUAUGAUGCUGAUACUGUCAACAAAGCUACUUGCUUGACGCUUAUUUCUGGGGGAACUGAUACGAUGGCGGUAACUCUAACAUGGGCGAUCUCGUUAUUACUGAACAACCAAGAGGCAUUGAGAAAAGUAGAGGAGGAGCUAGACAUCCACGUUGGGAAGGAAAGGGCAGUGGAUGAAUCAGACAUAAGCAAGCUGGUGUAUCUCCAAGCCGUAAUCAAAGAGACAUUAAGGUUGUACCCAGCAGGCCCACUGUCGGGGGCGCGAGAGGUAAGCCAGGACUGCACAAUUGGAGGUUACAACGUCGCGGCAGGCACGUACCUCAUCACAAACAUUUGGAAGAUACAGAGGGACCCUCGAAUUUGGCAAGAGCCUUCGGAGUUCAAGCCUGAGAGGUUUCUAAGCAGCCACAAGCACAUGGAUGUGAAGGGGCAGCACUUUGAACUGUCUCCCUUUGGGUAUGGAAGAAGGGCCUGUCCUGGGCAGGGGAUUAGCCUUCUAAUGACGCCCUUGGUGCUAGCCAGUUUGGUUCAUUCAUUCCAACUUAGAACUCGUCGUGAUGAAGCGGUGGACAUGACUGCCAACCUUGGGCUCACCAUGCACAGAGUCAACCCUCUUCAAGUUCUCGUCAAGCCUCGUCUCCUACCUACUGCUUACGCGUGAUCUCAGCGAACCCUUUUCUGGGUUGUCACAAUAUCUCACGUUCAAAGGUGUGAAUAAAUAUGAAAAUAUUAUUACUCAAAGAAGGUAAUAUAGGGACAACUG